AGCAACAUUUUUUUUGUCUUCACAGUUUGUAAUGUAGAGGAGAUUAUCAAUUAACAGAUUAAUUAACAUUGGAUAACUUUACAAAGGAUUUAACAGUUUACAUCUUCUGUUUUGGAUAUUAAUUAAGAUCACAAAUGAAAGAAACAUAACAAUAAAUUAUUCUCUGAAAAUAGUGACACAACUAAAUACAAACAUCCAUAGAAUUUGAAAGAAACACUAUCAUUUUGGUAUUUAUGACAAAUUAUUCUCUCAUAAUGAAUAAUUUAACUGAACCAAAAAACUCUGAUACAAGAGAGAAGCCAUAUCAUUGUGAUAUCUGUGGUAAAUCAUUCUCUCAAAGAAGUAACUUGAAUAAACACAGACGCAUUCAUACUGGGGUAAAACCAUAUCAAUGUGAUAUCUGCGGUAAAUCAUUCACUCAAAGUGGUCAUUUGACUUGUCACAAAACUACUCAUACUGGGGUAAAACCAUAUCAGUGUGAUAUCUGUGGUAGAUCAUUUUCCACAACAAGCAUUUUAACUAAACACAAAUGCGUUCAUAGAGGAGAGAAACCAUAUCAAUGUGAUAUCUGCGGUAAAUCAUUCUUUCAAAGUCAACAUUUGACUCGUCACAAACGUACUCAUACUGGGGAAAAACCAUAUCACUGUGAUAUCUGUGGUAAAUUAUUUUCUUGUUCUGGUUCCUUAAAAAGACACAAACGUGUUCAUACAGGAGAGAAGCCAUAUCAUUGUGAUAUUUGUGGUAAAUCAUUUUCUGGAAGUGGUGACGUGACAAAACACAAACGUACACAUACAGGAGAGAAGUCAUAUCACUGUGAUAUCUGUGGUGAAUCAUUUGCUAGAAAUAAUGGCUUGACUAAUCACAAACGUAUUCACACUGGGGAAAAACCAUAUCAAUGUGAUAUCUGUGGUAAAUCAUUUUCCAGAAAAGGCAUUUUAAAUGCUCAUAAACGUAUUCAUACUGGGGAAAAACCAUAUGAAUGUGAUAUCUGUGGUAAAUUAUAUUCUUCUCCUGAUCCCUUAAAAAGACACAAAGGUACUCAUAUAGGUGAGAAGCCAUUUUAUUGUAAUAUCUGUGGUAAAUCAUUUGCUCAAAGUAGUGACUUGACUAAACACAAACGUGUACAUACAGGAGAGAAGCCAUAUUAUUGUAAUAUCUGUGGUAAAUCAUUUGCUAGCAAUAGUCGCUUGACUAGUCACAAACGCAUUCAUACAGGGAAAAAACCAUAUCAAUGUGAUAUCUGCAGUAAAUCAUUUUCCAAAACUGACACUUUAGUUCGUCACCAACGUCUUCAUACUGGGGAAAAACCAUAUCAAUGUGAUAUCUGUGGUAAAUCAUUGGCUCAAAGCGGUGAUUUGACUAAACACAAACGUACACACACAGGAGAGAAGCCAUAUCAUUGUGAUAUUUGUGGUAAAUCAUUUUCUGGAAGUAGCGACUUUACAAUACACAAACGUACACAUACAGGAGAGAAGCCAUAUCAUUGUAAUAUCUGUAGUAAAUCAUUUUCAGACUGUAGCAGUUUUAGUAAGCACAAACGUAUUCAUACAGGAGAGAAGCCAAGUCAUUGUAAUAUCUGUGGUAAAUCAUUUUCUGUAAGUGGUGAUGUGACAAAACACAAACGUACACAUACAGGAGAGAAGCCAUAUCAUUGUAAUAUCUGUAGUAAAUCAUUUUCAGACUGUAGCAGUUUUAGUAAGCACAAACGUAUUCAUACAAGAGAGAAGCCAAGUCAUUGUAAUAUCUAUGGUAAAUCAUUUUUUAGAAAUUCUGAUUUGAUUAGUCACAAACGUAUUCAUACUAAGGAGAAACCAUAUCAGUGUGAUGUUUGUGGUAAAUCAUUCUCUCACAACAGUACUUUAAAUAAUCACAAACUUAUUCAUACAGGAGGAGAACCAUAUCAUUGCAAAAUCUGCGGUAAAUCAUUCUAUGCAAAAGGCCUCUUACGUACACAUGUGAGUAUUCAUACACAACUGUAACAGGAUCACUAUCAAAAUUUAUUACAACAGGACAACAAUUAUGAAUAUUUUGUCUGCUAAAAGACAGGGUUUAUUAUUCUUCAAGCUUGACAUGAAAUCCAUGAAUCUCAACUUCAUUAAUAUGUAUAUAUCUAAAGACAUCAACACAGAGAUGACUUUGAUUUCUGAAGAUGAUCGUGCUGGAUUUUUGAGGAAUUUGUUAGAAAAUAAUGAAUAAAAGUUUUAAAUGAUAUUGA